UACACUGGAAGAAGCCGACUUUUCACCCCCCAGCGAAAGUCAAAGUUUCUCACCGGUGUAGAACCGUGCGACGGAUUGCUCCGGAGCAGCCUUCACCACCGAUCACUUUUCCCCCUUCUCGGAUCCCUGAGCGUGUACUAGUGUUUUUUGAAAGGGCUGUUUCCCCCCCCCCUCCCGCGGAGUUGAUAUUGAACCCUGAUAAACUGUGAAAUGAGUUUACAAUAUCGGCAGUUGAGAGCCAACGCGAUUCAGCAAGAGAAUGGGAAAUACUGAGUUAAACUUUAUCUGCUGUUCCAAACCGCGGUGUUCGGGGGGCGUUGAGGUGAUGCAGGUCCCCCGGUCAUCCCAGUGGAGGAGCCAGCUAACGACAAGUGGCUUUGGCUGCUGAACGCACCCCUCCUACCAUCACCACCCUCAUCCCUCACUCGCUCCCUCCAUCUCUGAUGGCUCUAUGGGGCGUUGUCAGCCUGAGCCUUCACUGCUGGGUAUGUUUACGGUCUGCGGUAACAGCAGCAGCAGGCACAGCCAGCAUCCCCAAUGACAAGCCCGGGGGCCCCCUGGACUGGCUCCUGUCAGAUAAAGGGCCUUUCCACCACUCCCCAGAGUACAUCGACUUUGUGGAGAAGAACCGGCAAGGCCUCUCCACCAGAUACAAGAUUUACAGGGAAUUUGGGAGAUGGAAGGUGAACAACUUAGCGGUGGAAAGGAGAGAUUUCUUGGAGUCUUCGUUACCUCUGACUCCUGAGUUUGUCAGGAACAUUCGACUUCUGGGCCGCAGGCCCACUACCCAGAUGAUCACUGACAAUCUGAUCAGGAAGUAUGGGACUCACUUCCUUUUGUCAGCUACACUGGGAGGAGAAGAGGCCUUAACGAUAUUUGUGGACAAGAGGAAACUGAGUAAGAAAGCAGAGGUGAGCGAUUACUCGGGAAACUCGUCCACUGUGACUCUGGAGGCUCUGCACCAGCUGGCUGCCUCCUACUUCAUCGACAGGGAGAGCACUCUGCGCAAGCUGCACCACAUCCAGAUAGCCUCCACUGCCAUCAAGGUGACGGAGACCCGCACAGGUCCUCUUGGAUGUAGUAACUAUGACAACCUUGACUCUGUUAGCUCUGUGCUUGUUCAGAGCCCUGAAAAUAAAGUCCAGCUGCAAGGCUUGCAGGUGAUCCUUCCAGACUACUUGAAAGAGAGCUUUGUGAAGGCUGCGCUCAGCUACAUAGCCUGUAAUGGAGAGGGUGAAUUCGUCUGCAGGGACAACGACUGCUGGUGCCAUUGUGACCCCAAGUUCCCCGAGUGCAACUGUCCCUAUAUGGACAUCCAAGCCAUGGAGGACAGCCUGGAGCGGAUCACAGAGACAUGGGGGAUACUCUAUAAAGAGUUUGAGGUAUCAGAUGAAUUCAAGGCGUUCUAUGCAAGGCUUCCCCAGAACUAUUUCCUGAACGUGUCAGGCAUCCAACACUUGUGGUCGAUGGACAACCUGUUCCAGUGGCGAUAUGAGCAGCUGGAGAACAGCAUGCGGCUCCUCUCCGGUAGAGCCCAGAGAGUCAUCUUCAAGCUCUUCAGUCUGAGUAAAAGAUGUCACCGACAGCCCCAAGUCCGCCUACCAAGAGAACGGUCUCAGUCCUACUGGCUGAGUCAUUUGCAGUCUCUCCUGUAUUGCUCAGAGAACAACCAGCUUGGUGCAUUCUCUGAGGAGCUCCACAGCUGCAGCUGCCUAUACGAACACAGUCCCUGUCAGCUGCCACCUCCCUGCUCUGUUGGAGAGGGCUCGGCCUGCGCAGCAUGUGCACCAGAAAACCACACCCGCUGUGGGAGCUGCAACCCCGGCUACGCCCUGACACAGGGGGCCUGCAGGUCCAUGGUGGCUGACUCCACAGAGAACUACUUGGGAUUCGAGACGGACCUCCAGGAUUUGGAGCUGGGCUACUUACUGCAGAGAGCUGACCGCAGGCUUGAGGUCCAUGCAAUCUUCAUCAGCAAUGACAUGCGACUUAACAGCUGGUUUGACCCAUCGUGGAGAAAGAGAAUGCUGCUGACGCUGAAAAGCAACAAGUACAAGUCCAACAUGGUCCACAUGCUACUGGGAGUAUCCCUCCAGAUCUGCCUUACAAAGAACAGCACCCUGGAGCCUGUCCUUACACUCUACAUCAACCCCUUUGGAGGGAGCCACUCAGAGAGCUGGUACAUCCCUGUCAAUGAGAACAAUUUUCCAGAAUGGCAGGCUACCAAGCUGGACCUGCCUUUUGAGUGCUAUAACUGGACUCUGACGCUGGGCAACAAGUGGAAGACAUUCUUUGAAACCAUUCAUAUCUACCUUCGGAGCAGGAUAAAGAGUCAAUAUGGAGUGAAUGACAGCAUAUAUUACGAACCUUUAGAAGUGACUGAUCCUGCUCGGAACCUGGGCUAUAUGAAGAUCAACAGCAUCCAGGUCUUUGGCUACAGCAUGCACUUUGACCCUGAGGCGAUCCGUGACUUGAUUCUGCAGCUAGACUACCCAUACACCCAAGGGUCCCAGGACACUGCCAUGCUUCAGCUCUUGGAAAUACGGGACCGGGUGAACCGUCUGUCCCCUCCUGGUCAACAGAGGUUGGACCUGUUUGCGUGUCUUCUGCGGCACCGACUCAAACUGACUCCCAGCGAGGUGGUUCGUAUUCAUGCCUCCUUACAGGCCUUCAGCUCACGGCUGCCCAAUUCGAUGGAUUACGAGACCACCAAGUUGUGCAGUUAACAGAUGCUAGGGAUAUCUGGACUGUACACGGCCUCAAGGAAAACUCCUGGACAUAAGAAUGGUGCCCAUUGUGGUGCAGAUGCUUACAGUUGUGUCUCUAUGGAUUACCACACUGUAUGGUAAACCGGGACAGAACCAGCUGUGGAAAGCUGAUGAUUGUACUCAUCUGGUUGUUUUGGUUUCUGUUUUGUGGCUACUACCUUCAGUGCUAUCAUUGAGUCUGAGGUGGAUCACCGAGCAAACGCACAUCUGUUUUAAAAGAACAAACUCUUUCAAAAAAUAAUACUUUCACACAAAAUAAUUCUACAGUACAGAUUCAAAUAUCGCUACAUAAAAGUUGAACUAUCCUGUUUCAAUAUGACUCUGCUCAUUUAUACUGUACGUACCAAUGCCAAAUGAAUGGACAUUUUAUGGUGAAAAUGGUACAGUCUGUUUGUUUGUAACUUUUAUAUGUUUCUUUGCUUCAGUGACCGUGCACUUUCCAUAAAGAUGAAAAUACAGUGGUGUCAGUCAAGAUUUUGUAGAUAAAUUGAUAUUAAAACAUCAUGUUAUAACAGA